AGGAUGCACUGGAAUGUUUCCACUGGAAUAUGGACAUGGAUUCAUCCCUUGCUCAUUAGCAACAUCAGGACUGACAUUUUUAUGUGAGCUUCCCUUGCUUCUAAAAAUCAUCACAAUUUUCAGACAAAUGAAGUGGAGAAGCAAACUCUGAGGGCUUUUCAGUCCAGGCACCUUGGAAGAGGAAUAUCUGGCACCAAAUUCCUGUGGAUCAGCAGGUGUUUACUGAGACUGGACUGUUUUUUGGAAGACAGGAUUUUGGUCAAUAUUUAGUGAUUCUAAGGAGACAAAGAACUUGAAAGACUGCUGGCUCAUCAUGUCCUCCAUUCUUGGGAAGAUGAAGAAGUUUGGCAGUUUUGACAUGGAGGAAUCUGAAGUGACAGAUGAACACACAGAAGGGGAGGACUCUGUCCAGGAAGCCCCUGACAACCCCCAGGGCCCACUCAGCACCAAGGUGCAGCCACCCAAAAGCAACAUCUUUGCAAGACGGGGCCGCUUCGUGAUGGGAGACAGUGACAAGGACAUGGCUCCCAUGGACUCCUUCUACCAGAUGGAUCACCUGAUGGCACCUUCUGUCAUCAAAUUCCAUGUGAAUAUGGAGAGGGGCAAAUUUCACAAGCUCCUAUCUACAGAUUCCAUCACAGGCUGCUCAGAAAAAGCUUUCAAAUUUUAUGACCGCAGAAGGAUCUUUGAUGCUGUAGCCCAAGGCAACACAAAGGACCUCAGUGACCUGCUACUCUACCUUAAUAGAACCUUCAAGCAUCUCACAGAUGAGGAGUUCAAAGAGCCUGAAACUGGGAAAACCUGUUUGCUGAAAGCCAUGCUGAAUCUACACGAUGGGAAAAAUGAUACCAUUCCCUUGCUGCUGGAUAUUGCAAGGAAAACUGGAACUCUGAAAGAGUUUGUUAAUGCAGAAUAUACUGACAACUACUACAAGGGCCAGACUGCUCUUCACAUCGCCAUCGAGAGGAGGAACAUGUACCUGGUGAAGCUCCUGGUCCAGAAUGGAGCAGAUGUUCAUGCCAGAGCCUGUGGGGAGUUCUUCAGGAAAAUCAAAGGGAAAUCUGGCUUUUAUUUUGGGGAGCUGCCUUUGUCCCUGGCUGCCUGCACCAACCAGCUCUGCAUUGUGAAAUUCCUCCUGGAGAAUCCCUACCAGGCAGCCAACAUCACUGCUGAGGACUCCAUGGGCAACAUGGUCCUGCACACACUGGUGGAGAUUGCAGAUAACACCAAGGAUAACACCAAGUUUGUAACCAAGAUGUAUAAUAACAUAUUGAUCCUUGGUGCCAAGAUCAAUCCCAUCCUCAAGCUGGAAGAACUCACCAACAAGAAAGGGCUGACUCCUUUAACUCUGGCAGCCAAAACAGGGAAGAUAGGGAUUUUCGCUUACAUCCUCAGACGAGAGAUCAAAGACCCCGAGUGCAGACACUUGUCCAGGAAGUUCACUGAAUGGGCCUAUGGACCUGUCCACUCCUCUCUUUAUGACCUGUCCUGUAUAGACACCUGUGAGAAAAAUUCAGUGCUUGAGAUCCUUGCCUACAGCAGUGAGACACCAAACCGUCACGAGAUGCUGCUGGUGGAGCCUCUUAACAGGCUGCUGCAAGACAAGUGGGACCGGUUUGUCAAGCACUUAUUUUACUUCAACUUCUUUGUCUACACCAUGCACAUCAUCAUCCUCACUGCAGCUGCUUACUACAGACCUGUACAGAAGAAUGAAAAGCCUCCCUUCACCUUUGGUUACAGCACUGGGGAAUAUUUUCGAGUAACUGGAGAGAUCCUGAGUGUACUGGGAGGCCUCUACUUUUUUUUCAGAGGGAUCCAGUAUUUCGUGCAGAGGCGCCCAUCCCUCAAGACACUGAUAGUUGAUGGCUACAGUGAGGUUCUUUUCUUUGUCCACUCCCUGCUCCUCCUGAGCUCUGUGGUGCUGUACUUCUGUGGCCAGGAGCUGUAUGUGGCUUCCAUGGUGUUCUCCUUGGCCCUGGGCUGGGCCAACAUGCUCUACUACACCCGUGGCUUCCAGCAGAUGGGAAUUUACUCCGUCAUGAUUGCCAAGAUGAUCCUUAGAGAUUUAUGUCGCUUCAUGUUUGUCUAUCUUGUAUUCCUCUUGGGAUUUUCUACAGCUGUGGUGACUUUAAUUGAAGAUGACAAUGAGGGGCAGGACAUAAAUAUCUCUGACCAUGCCCGGUGCUGCCACGUGAAACGAGGCCGCACCUCCUACAACAGCCUCUACUACACCUGCCUGGAGCUCUUCAAGUUCACCAUUGGCAUGGGGGACCUGGAGUUCACAGAGAACUACAGGUUCAAGUCUGUGUUUGUCAUCCUUCUGGUUCUCUAUGUCAUCCUCACCUACAUCCUCCUGCUCAACAUGCUCAUUGCACUGAUGGGGGAGACUGUCAACAAAAUUGCACAGGAGAGCAAGAGCAUCUGGAAACUCCAGAGAGCCAUCACAAUCCUGGACAUUGAGAACAGCUACUUGAACUGUCUGAGGCGCUCGUUCCGGUCUGGGAAGCAAGUCCUGGUGGGGAUCACACCUGAUGGCCAAGAUGAUUACAGAUGGUGCUUCAGGGUUGAUGAAGUGAACUGGUCCACGUGGAACACUAACCUGGGCAUAAUCAAUGAAGACCCUGGGUACUCCGGGGACCUCAGACGAAAUCCCAGUUUCUCUAUUAGGCCUGGCAGAGUUUCAGGGAAGCACUGGAAAACAUUGGUUCCACUUUUAAAAGAUGGAGAGAAGAGGAGAGAAGAGACUCACAAGCUGCCAGAAGAAGUCAAAUUAAAACCUGUUUUGGAACCUUAUUUUGAGCCAGAAGGUUCUGAGGUGUUGAAAGAGUCAAUUCCGAAGUCAGUCUAAUUCUGGUUGCUGGUCCUCACAAGCAGGACAAUAGAGCAUUUCAUUUACAAGAGCAGGGACUUUUGGGAAAAGGUCAGAGGAUUUAGGGAAUUACCAUGUGCAAGGAUUUACUAAGUAUGCUAAAUAAACUACUUGUUGUUUAA